AUGUUCGGUAGUCGUUCAAGACAUACUCAUUAUCAUCAAACAAAUAGAUCCUAUUAUGGCAUUCUACUUCUUCUUGCUGAAUUAAGUCGUUCAUCACAUUUACCACCAAUAACACUUACGAUUAUUAUUAUUAAUGUAUUAAUUUAUUUUGAUAUAUUUCCAUUAUUUGGUUUAUCAAGUAAUUUACAAUCUGUUUGUAUUAGUACACAUGCUGUACUUGAUCAAGGAGAUUAUAUGCGUAUUUUACUUGCUCCAUUUUUUCAUGGUGAUGAUAUGCAUUUGUAUUAUAAUAUGGCAUCAUUUUUAUAUAAAGGACAACAACUUGAAACUCUAUUCGGUAGUCGAUAUUUUGCACUUUUAGUUACAAUAUUAACAAUUUCAUCAAGUUUAAUGCUUGUUAUACUUGGCCAAUUAGUAUCAAGUUUAUUUGAUAAUCCAGAAUAUUUAUUUACAUGUGCUAUUGGUUUUAGUGCAGUUAUAUUUGCAUUAAAAGUUAUAACAACACAUUAUACACCUAAUUAUAGUUCAAAUUCAUUGUUUGGUUUUAUUCCAAUAUCGACAAAAUAUAUUGUAUGGGUUGAACUUAUUGUUAUUCAAUUAAUUACACCGAAUGUUUCAUUUCUUGACAAAUGGCAUAAUUAUUUAAGUGGAAUUAAAUUUAUAUGGAAAACUGAUCAUAAAGCAUUAACACAAUUAAAUCAAAAAGCUCAAAUUAAUAAACGAUGCGAACGAUGGAGAUUAAAAAUUUUAGAAUAUGAUUUCAAGGUUAAAUACAUUCCUGGUUUAACAAAUUUAAUGCCUUAUUAUUUAUCAAGAUCUCCAGUUGACGAUGGUGAAGACGAUCCUGAUGAAACUACGCAUCUAAUUUCAGCAUCAACACAAACAGAUAUUUUAUUUAAUAACACCCAUUCACCUAUCAUCGCAGCUGUUGAAACUCGUGCUAUGAAAUUACGAAAUAAAAUUUUAAAUGAUACAAAUAAUAAUAAAAAAUUAACAUCAGAUUCUCUAAAUACUUCUGUUGAAGAGAAUCGAAUAAUUCCAUUUUCAAUGGAACAAUUAAUACAAGCUCAACAAGAUGAUAGUUAUGCGAAAAAUAUUCUGAACAAUAUCAAGAAAUAUAAAAAUUAUAUUAUAAAAGAAAAUCUUUUAAUGCGUCGAUUAAAUCCUCCAGUUCCUUAUGUACCACGAGGUGAUAUACGACAAACAAUUUUAAGCAUAUAUCAUGAUACCGCAGCAAAUGGUGCUCAUUUUGGAAGAGAUAAAACGUUACAUAAAAUUAAAACACGUUAUUUUUGGCCUUCAAUGUAUAAAGAUAUUGAUAAUUAUGUCAAAUCAUGUAUAUUAUGCGCUCAAUAUAAUCCUCGUCGACAAAAAAGUCAUGGUACAUUACGACCAAUUAAACCUCCUGAUGGAGUAUGGCAAUUAGUAUCUAUGGAUUUCCAUGGACCUAUCACUCCAACAUCUCAACGUGGAAAUAAAUAUAUUAUAUCUCUGACAGAUGUAUUAUCAAAAUUCGUCGUUACAAAAGCUGUACGAGAUAAUACUGCUCAAACAACUGUUCGAUUUCUCAAAGAAGAUGUUAUUUCAAAAUUUGGUACACCUCGUUGUAUUCUUACUGACAAUGGAACGCAUUUUACAUCAACAAUGACGAAUGAAUUAUUUAAACAAAUUGGAACAACGCAUCUAUAUUCAACACCAUAUCAUCCUCAAACAAAUGGACAAGUUGAACGAUACAAUUCAACAAUGGAUGCGAAGAUCGCAGCUUUAUCCAAUUUAUGUAAAACCGACUGGGAUAAUCAACUUCCAUUCGUAACAUUUAAUUACAAUGCUACAAUUCAUUCUUCAACCAAGCAAAUACCUUUCGAAAUAAUGUAUGGUAGAUCUCCUGUUUUACCAUUUGAUCAUCAAGAUACAAAUGUUAACAUUUCAUACGAUUCUGAACAUGCAAAAAAACUUAAUCAAUUUUUAUCCAAGUUAAACGAACAAGCAAAAAUUAAUAUUAUUAAGAAUCAAGAACGAUAUAAACAACGUUAUGAUGUAAAUCGCUCUGAUCCAACCUACAACAUCGGUGACUUAGUUCUUGUCAAAACACUCAACAUACAUUACAAAUUUGAUAUUCGUUACGAAGGACCAUUCCGAAUUAUUGAAAAGAUUGCACCAAAAACAUUUAUUGUACAACACGUCAAGAAACCAACAUUACAUCGACAAGUUACAACCGACGUGUUACUUCCAAUUUUUCAACGAAUUUAUCAAUAA